CGCUAGAGGCGAGUUUCAUCGCGCUCCUCUCGCGCUGUCCGUCUCAUCGCAUCAUUACAGCAGCGAACGCGUCGCGUCACGUCAGGAUUCCUGAGGAUUACCCGGCGUGCCCCGCGGGAAAGAUGGCGUUGGACGGGAGAUAAACUUUAUCUGAAAUCAGGAGCAGCGGUUAUCUACACCUGUGAUCCGUGGUGACGCCGUUAGCUCCUCACGGAGAGAUAGCGGCGCGAGGACGCGGGAUCCGCCGUCGCUCCUGAAGGCGCGAGCGGAGAGACUUCAGCACCGCCAGCGAGUCUAAGAAGAAGAAGAAGAAGAGGAGGAGGAGGAGGAGAAGAAGCGGGCAAAGUUUAUUCAGUUUGAGCAAGAGUCAAGACUGAUCUACACCAGGCUCUGGGUUUAACUGCGGGAAAAUCACUAGAGACAGGUCAUUGAUAGCCUUGAGGUUCACAUGCUGAAUGGUGGAGGAGGAGCGGGAGGAAGAGGAGCGAGACGUGAGCUAGAUUGAGUUUCCUUGGCGACCGGAGGGACCCAUUUGGGGCGAUGACUCUGGAGAAUGCAGCAUGCACAGUUGAGAGCGCUUGGGGCCUGAGGACCUGUGAAUGAGGACCCCGCUGAAACCUACUUCAGUUUCAGGACUAACGGAUGGUGUCUGUAACCACACUGAUCUCCCAGAAUGACGAGUGCUGCUCCUGCCCGGAAACCGUACCGAAAGGCACCUCCGCAGCACCGCGAGACGCGCCACACUGUGCCAGUAUUUCGAGAGGAUGCUAGUGGGAGUGCCUUGCCAUCCGCUAACCCUGCGCCGUCAGCCCAGCCUGACCCCUGCCAGGAGUCCUUAUCAGAUGCCGACAGGAUCAAGAUCCUGCAGCAGCAAAAUGAAGACCUCCGUCGCCGGCUCUCCCAGACCACUCAUAAGAUGGAGGCAAUGGAGACGGAGUUUGAAACCGGUCGACAUUACAUGCAGGCAGAGCUGGGUCGAACCAGAGACGACCUGGAGAAAAUGAGAGACAAGUUCAGAAGACUUCAGAACAGCUACACGGCGUCUCAGAGAGCUAAUCAAGACCUGGAGGAGAAACUUCACGCCCUGGCUGCCAUCAGUCAAACUUGGGUCUAUGCACUCCGUAAAGUGGAAAGAGACAAGAAAACCAUGGAUCAAGAGAUAGUGGAGCUCACAAAUAAACUCGUGGAUGCCAAAAACACUAUCGACAAGCUGGAGGAACUGAAUGAGCGGUAUCGGCAAGAUUGCAAUUUGGCUGUGCAGCUGUUGAAGUGCAAUAAAUCGCAUUUCAGGAACCACAAGUUUGCUGAUUUGCCAUAUGAGCUACAGGACAUGGUGAACAAGCACAUGAAGAGCAGCUUGCCUAACAAGACUCAGGGCUCUCAGGGAGCUCAAGCCCAGGAUCCUGACACUCUAAGCUUGACUCCUGCAGAUGUAGUGCCCACUUCGGUGAUCGCUCGUGUUCUUGAGAAACCGGAGCCCCUGGUGCUCAACUCAGCCCAGUCUAGCACCAGUGCAGGUCGGCCAGUGGCUGAAGAUGUGUUUGUACACGUGGACAUGACUGGACCCCACGACGAUAAUGGAGGCCGUGAAAAUGGGGGCCCUGUUCAUGCCAGGUCUCCUGUGGGACCUGGCUCUGAUCAACAGCAUGUAAACGGCAUGUGUCGAAGCCAGGGCAGCCUGGAUGGUCCAAAUGGAGAAGAUGGGGCAGCCCCUUCUUUUGAAAAGUUGAAUCCUUACCCAGCACCUCCACCACCAAACCCGCUAUACCCUGGUCGCAAAGUGAUUGAGUUCUCUUCUGAUGACAAAGUCAAGAUUCCCAAAAACAGCCCACUGCCCAAUUGCACCUAUGCUACUCGUCAGGCCAUUUCUCUCAGUCUUGUACAGAACGAAGAAGAGGCAGCCGAUCGGCAGCGCACUGUGCCUAGUAGCCCUGCUGUAUCUGAUGGGGGUUGGCGCUCUGGGACCUCCUCAUCUUCUGGUGGAGGACAUGCUUCUCACCAGCACACGCUUCCACAGAUGGAUGCUACGGACACCCUCUCCAGUCAUUCAAGUCCCUUUAGCAGCCCCCCUCAGCCCCCAAGCGCCUUUGCAAGCUCUGGUAGUUCUGAGGAAGACCUACUGACCAACUGGCAGCGCAUGUUAGUAGAAAAAAUGGCACCAUCGACAGAAGGCUGCCUUGUCAACCGCACGUCCUUCAGCAGUGAGACGGUAAAAGAUCUCCAAAGAAGUCACAAUGGAAAAUCAGGAGUAGGGGCUCUGAGAGGUGCUUACUCUGAUGGUGAGGAGGGAUCCUCAGCCCAGAGCUGGACAGCAAGUAGAGAGUCCAGUUUGGAUACAGACACCAGCAGCAUGGCAGACCUUCGGGCAAAAAAGACACAAUAUGGUGGUGACUUUUUCCAGGAAGAGGGUGAACACCUAUUGAUGGCCCUUGAUCCACUUGAGAAUGAUGGUGCUAGUGGUGAUACUAUGGUCACCAUUGAGAGCAGUCCAGCCUCUGCUAAGUGUCAAGAGAUUGCUGAAGAUUCUGGCUCAGCAGGAAGUUCAGCUGAGGAGCGAGAUAUCCUACCCCAGGACUUUCCUGCAAUUGGCUCAAGGGUCCUAGCUGCCCUUGAGGAUUAUGCAGACCAGCCCCCUCUGACUGGCUACUCACGACCUCUGAAGAGCCCCAAGAGAAUGGGGGUUCAUCAUUUACACCGCAAAGACAGCCUUACCAGAGCUCAAGAGCAUGGAAACUUGCUGGACUGAGACUUCCAGGCUUAUUCUUCUCUUGUUUUUUGUUUGUUUGACCUUGAGUGCUCUUCGUCUUGCUAGCAAUCACUUGGCAUAGCAGCACACAACCAACAAGUGGAAGGGAUCGGAUCAGCAUUGCUGUAGUUAUCCCUGAUCAUGCUGCUGUUGCUGGGGCAUCAUUGUAACUCUUCUGUCCUCUCUCUGAGACAUGGAGCUCUUUUAUCUGUGGAACCUAUAGUAUUGAUGGAAACUGUGGCGAAGUGCCAGCUGCAACUUCAGUCAGUCUGGCUUUGAGUGGAUGGUGCUUCAGAGAUCGUAAAAGAAUGUCAUAGUCUGAAUUAAGGUGAUUUUCACCAGUACAUGACUUUAUUCUGUUUGAUGUGACUUGAUUGAGUGGGCAACAGCACGAUAUAACCAUACAAUCACACUUCUGAAGAAGAAAGAGUUCUUCAGAGGCAACAGGAUUGAGCAGCAUUAGGAUUGAUCCUUGUGGCACUGUGCGGACAUGGAACAUAACGCGUAAUGGAUGUUUUGACAUUUGCUUUUGCCCUCGGGUAGGAGUUUUCUACCCAGAUAAUGACAUCUUUCCAGUAUCCCAGUACAAGUCCUUUGUUGAAAUUGGGAUGGCACCAAAUGGCCACAGGUUCAAAGAUACUCUC